AUGCGUUGUAGCAUCCGAAAGGUGCCUACCCUUCCCUCAGUGAAAACAGUCUGUUUCGAAUUCAACAUUCAGAAGAGUCGGAUUAAAAAUUCUUCUACAGUUUCAUUAGUUCAAGAUUUCAACAAGAAUCCCUGCAGAGCAGUGGAUAAUGUCAAUAGUCCUAAUUCUGGAUUUGUUGCUGAAGCUAGUGGAGAAAGUGUAUGUUCAAACUCCACCAAUGUAAAUGUGCCUUUAAUAAGGAAGCCUUCUCUCAGCCAGAGUAUUGCUACUACAAUGGCCCCUAUGAGAAGUGAUUUUUCUCCUGCAUCAGCAAUGUCAGUUAGACCAUCAGAACAAAUUGGCAUGGAGCAACAUGCUAUUUUAAACCAGUUGACCACUUUUCACAUGCACUCACAUAGCAGCUACACUCAAGCAAAUGGCCACAUUGUGAACUUUGUUACAACUACAACUUCUCAAUCUCAGUACGGUAUCAUAUCUCCCUUACAGGGCACUUAUCUGGGAAUGAUGGUGGAGACUUCCACUUUUCCAACUAGAUAUGCGGAUUUGUCAGCCAGUGAGGCUCGUUUUUCUAACCUGCAACUGGUGGGCAACCCAUGGUGCACAAUGCCAAUGAGAAGUGAUACUUCUGCUGCCUCACUUUCAAGAUCAGCUCCUCAACCGUCUCCACCUUAUGCACAUCAUCGUAAUUACUACUGA